AUGGCGGCCGAUAACAUCAAUCCAGCUAACCCGAAGGGUAUUGUGACUGCUGCUCUCCCCAAUAUGACAACCCUACAGACCACUAUUGAUUCAACCUGGAUGACCCAGAUGCUCGGCCAAUGGGAAGGUUCGGGAGUGGACUCAGUACAGGUCUUCUCCAUGCCUGUCGCCCUAAUUCAGCAAGCCAUAGAGCCCAUGGCCCAGGUGAAGAUAAUUGGUGAAGCGCAGCGCGAAGCUGAUCGUAAGAAACUAAUCAUCGAGAUACUCACCGCUGUAUUUGCUAUUGUACCUUUUGUUGGCGGUCUUACCGCUGAUAUUGUGGGACUCAGUGAGCUUUCCACGAUCAUUGCCAUUGUAAGCGAGAUCUCCAAUUCAGCACUUGGAAUUUACGACAUUGCCAAUGAUCCAUCGAGCGCUCUCAUGGUGAUAAUUGGGAGCCUGCUUGGAUUGGGGGGUCUUGGUGGUGCUGCGAGCCGUGGUGAGCGAGACAUUGAGCAGCUAGGCCAAUUACGCCGUGGCAUGUCAACUGCAGUCGUCUCUCAACUAGGGGCUGUGUUCUCAUCUCAGACUAACUCCAUAGUUCAGAAGGCUUUGACCGGCAGAAAAAUAGCGGCAGAAAAAGGCGGCAAAUUCUAUACCAAUCCCUUUGUCGCGCCAGUUAUCCCGAAGCUAUGGAUCACACAGCCUUUACAGAUCUCACUAACAAUGCCGACGACCAAAUAUUUUUCUCAGUGUCCCAUUUUCCCCUCUAAUGUGAGCACCGCAUCCUUGCCAAAGGUAUCGGUUGAAGCUCUUCGGUCUAGAAGCGAAACAGAAGGUCAAAUCUUAUUUGAAGCUUGUCAGAAAUGGGGUUUCUUCUUGCUGGACCUCCGAAAUUCAGAAAAGGGCAAUGAGCUCCUAGAAAUCACAGAGCACAUGUUUGAGCUUACAGAUGAAACCUUCAAUCUCGGCCAGACUGUGCUUGAUGACUAUGCCUAUAAACCGCCUCAGGACUUAACUGGAUACAAGCGCAGGGGUCAGCUUAAGACAGAUGAUGGUAAAUUAGAUCGCAUGGAGCUUUAUUCCAUCAGUCAAGAUGAUAUUCUCGGCAAUCACGCUGGCCGUAAGAAUGCAGACCCUAUUGAAGCUAGGCGAGGGGAAGUGCGUCAGUUCAUCGAGAACUCUCAUUCCGCCAUAGGUAUUUCUCCUGUGCCAGAAAAGAAAAUCAAAACCGAUUCUCAUUUCAUCGCAGAUAUCAUUUUAUCUUCCCUUGAUAAACAGCUUGGACUUGAGCCCGGGACUCUCAACGGACUAAGUCCCUUGGACCAGCCUUCCGAGACUUCAGUCCGAUUAUUAUUCAGCCAGUCUCAAUCCAAUUCUCAAUGCGACGAUAUCACUCUUGGUGGCCAUACUGAUAUCGGGACUAUCACACUACUCUUCAACGUGGUGGGCGGAUUACAGAUUCUCCCAGCAGGCCUAGAGAACAAGCUAGAAAACUGGCUGUAUGUCAAACCAGAACCAGGACAUGCUCUGGUAAAUAUUGGUGAUACCCUUGUUGAGUGGACAGGUGGACUUUUGCGAAGUUCUUUACAUCGCGUUUUAACAGCUCCCGGAGAACAGGCACUGGUUGGCCGCCAAAGCGUGGCAUACCUGGUACGUCCGAGGAACAGUGCCUCCAUGCAGCGAUUGAAGGGGGGAAGCAUCCCACCAGUGGAGGAGGGUCAGGAGGAUGAGACUCGCUCAGUGAAUGAAUGGGCUUCAUGGCGCACUAAGCAGAUCAUCCUUGGUCAGCUGAAGCCGCAGACAAGAGGCGGGAAGUCAGUGGUCGUGAAGUGA